UAGUGGAAUCAGAAUCAAGCCCCACCUCUCAACAAUCAGAAGUGACCUCAACACGUUCAUAUAAAAGUCGUCGGAGGCGAGGAUUUGUUGUGGUGUAACGUUACUUGAUACGAUCAGAGUUGCAAUGAAGACCGAUAUCAGACGGGAAAAAUGCUCAUGGAUUGGAAGAUCGUCGUUCCUUUGCUCGCGGUGGCAUUCAUCAUGACGAGCGCCGCUGGGACACCGGGUGGCGUCGUGGACGCAGAUAUGAAGGACCAAGCUACUAGAGAUGCGCUGCAGUUCGCCGUGGCCGAAUACAACAAGGGAACAAACGACCCGUAUGUUUGGCAAGUGGCCAAGGUUGUCAAGGCUCAGAAACAGGUGGUAGCUGGGAUGAAGUAUUUCUUCACAGUGCAGAUGGCCAGGACCCUGUGCAGGAAGGGAGGUGUGGAGAAAGACUGCGCUGUGCAUCCGGGCCCAGCUGUGGUGAGGACCACUAGGCUAGCCUGGUCCCAGAUCGACCUACCAGUGCACCUUUGUGAUGGUGAGCCACCCCUGGCUGGGAGGGUUGCAGUUGAUCAAGGAAGCCUGCAAGGACUGAAGACCCACAGGAGGACAGACUUCAAUUGUCUAGUAUUUAUUACCAGUGGUGUUAGUCUUACCUGAACAGAUCCACCUCAUCUAUGAUCUAUUCAGAGAAUCCAACUCAUUUUCCUACGUAUUGGAUUCCCAUACCAAUAUAACACUUAAAAUAAGAACUGCUGUGUUGAUGAUCAUUUGUAAGCGCUAUGCAACAGUUGACCCAAAUAAAACCUGUUUUGUUACAUUUA